AUGGCGGGAAAUGGAUGGAAAAGUCAUGGGCGGAUUGCUUCAGAACCUGCGGGCAACAAAUCCCGAUCAGGACACAAGUUGGGUGAAAUUAUUUUAUCCCCUACGAAAUUAGCAUCGUAUUGGGCUCGACGAUACUUUAGAGACUCUGGACCCCCUACGAGAGAACCUGAGCCCCCUACGAGAAAUCCCUUGAUUCCUAACCAACCAAGCUUCUUACCUCGUCCAGGGACCCGAAUUACCGUCGCUCCUAGUUUCUCUGCUCAGCAUUCAGAGUCAGAUACGAGUCCUACUCAUAGAAGUUCCUCGGCUCCUCCGCGUUGGCCCUCACCUUGGAACGAUAUUCCAAUAGGAUCCAGUGCCGUGAUUAAACCGGGAUCUACAGCCAGCCUUGAUGAUUAUAGUGCUUCAUAUUGCGUUGUUCGUACUAACUCAUUAUAUAGCGGUUCCAAGAAAUCACUCAACGUCGAGUCACCAUCAUUUACACCUACUCAGCUUGGAGGCAAGAAAUCUAACUUCUCCACGAAUGCGACGCCUUUUACGCCCAGGGGUGCCUCUACAUCUACAAGCUCGACGUUACAACAAGAUGCAGGGGCCUCGUUGUAUAAAUCAGCGCCGUUUCCGGAUUUUGCCCCUCAGAAUUAUGAUCUAAACACUGCGACUGCAACCAACGGUUCUGCGGAUGGCGGUCCACUUGGCUACGAUCCUUUUACUAUGCCUAGUGUUAGCCAGGCACUCCCUUCAGCACAGUAUAAUCCAUACGCCGAUGAUCACAACGCCUUGGCUGGAGCAGGUGCACCGUAUUUCGCCGCACAAAAUUCUUAUACUACCCCUUCUCAACCCCUUCAAUAUCAUCUCUAUUACCCUAUUACUACAGGGAGAGAGAAUAUGCAGCCUUACCAGCGGCAGGUGCAUGACUUAUUUCUUCCAGAGUCUCUGAGAGAGGACCUUCAGAAAAGAUCCGAGGCUACUAGACAAGUGCUCCCGAGUCAACCUGGAGUACAGCUACCGAAUCUCCAACAUUACCAUUCUCUAGUCCCUCUAGAUACCAAACUUCGGAGCACAACCAGUACUUUUGGUCUCCCAAGCUGGGUGUUUAAAGCAACCUCUCGCAAGAACGGGAAUACAUUCUGCUUAAGACGUAUCGAAGGAUUUCGCCUCACCAAUGAGGAAGCUAUUAAAGCCGUGAACUCAUGGAAGAAGAUUAUACAUCCUAAUAUAGUCACUACGUUUGAAGCGUUCACUACAAGGGACUUUAAUGAUAGUUCCCUUGUAUUUGUUCACAGUUAUCACCCGCUCUCAAAGACUCUGGCGGAGCAUCACUUUGCCACAAACCGCUUCGGACGACCACCAGCACCUGUACCGGAGAGAACAUUGUGGACUUAUCUUGUUCAGUUAGCCAGCGCUCUCAAGGCCAUCCACAAGGCUAAACUUGCAGCGCGGUGUAUCGAUAUCAACAAGGUAAUUUUAACGGAGAAAAAUCGCGUCAGGCUUGGCGCCUGCUCGAUUCUAGACGUUUUACACUUUGAAGCGCCUCGUCGGAUUGAGGAGUUACAGCAGGAGGACUUUUACAGCCUAGGCCGCCUUAUCCUGAGCAUUGCGACAAAUACACCACCACGAAAUCUAACUGACCCACGCCCAGCCCUUGAACAGCUAGGUAGGGUGUAUUCCCCAGAAUUAAAAGAGAGAAUAUCUUGGCUGCUUAGCACUCCACAAAAUGUAGCUACGAAAACUGCGGAGCAUCUAGUAUAUGAUAUCGCUCAGCAUAUGGAUGAUAUCCUGGUGGCAUCAUUCAAUACCCAGGACGAAGUCACCGCUCACCUGGGCAGAGAACUCGAGAAUGGCCGAUUGGUACGAUUAAUGGCGAAGCUAGGUUCUAUCAACGAACGGCCCGAAUUCGAUAAUGACCCGAACUGGGCGGAGACGUCGGAACGCUAUACUUUGAAGCUCUUCCGAGAUUACGUCUUCCACCAGGUUGACGCCCAGGGUAACCCGGUUGUAGAUCUAGGCCACAUCAUCAGCUGCUUGAAUAAGCUAGACGCCGGUAUUGAUGAAAGGAUUUAUCUCACCAGUCGAGACCACCAAUCAACAUUUGUAGUCUCAUACAAAGAGCUGAAGAAGCAAGUCCAGAGUGCAUUCAGCGAUCUACUCAAAGGGGCUAAUAAGGCACAGGCCAAUCGCUACUAG